AUGAGACGGCAGCUCGGUGCCAUGGGUAGUUGGCCUAUGGAUCUGCCCACGCCCACCGUGGUUGUGGAGCAAGAACUUAAGACGCGCGGUAUCUGGGCCUUCUUGGGGUGCUUCUGUCGAGCCGUGAAAGGAACCCCAAACUCGGAGAGAAUCCCUUACGUUUUCAACCAUCACACCGGUCACCAUUACCACGACAGCCCCAAGUUGGACAUCGAGGUGGAGAACGAUGAGUCUGAGGACAGACUGGAAGACGUCACUCUGGCGGUUGAGCUCAAGUAUCUCUACCCGCUCCUGAUUCCGGGGUGUUCUGAUCCCGAGCCAAACGAUCCGCGACCUCUCCAGACGGCGUUGUAUCCUGGCGACAAGCCCGCUAGUCAACAGCAGGUUUUAGCCCUCUUGGCCCAAACAAUCAAAGAGACGGGAGAGAACGCCAUCACCAAAGCCGAGAUUGAGGAAGGAGGCCAGAAGGAAAGCGAGUUCUGGGCGUCGGCAUGGAUCGUGAAGAAAGCCGGGUCCCCAGAGCCUUUGGAGAAGGAAAAGUUGCUGAAAGGAUAUACAUGGGCGUCGGCCGAGAUUUGCUCACCCAAAAUGCUGGCUAACGACCGCCAAACCCGCCACCGUGUUCAAAGGGUUCUAAAGGCGUUGAUGUCGAAACACCGGCUGGUUAUCAACGGAAGUUGUGAUACGCACUGCCAUCUCGGACGCAUCGAUGACCAACCCUACUCUCUGUCGACACUGAAGAGACUCGCAACCAUCCUUUGGGUAUCUGAACCCACCCUCCGCAGCACCAGGGACCCCAAGUCUCCCAAUUAUGACAACAUUUACUCGUGGGGAUUCGAGCUCGUGAAGCACAGUCGGCUGGCCAGGAGUCUCGACGGGUUGGAAGGCCUUCUCACCCGCCAGGCCGUCGCCCGACAGGCACAUGACAUCUCCGAUAGGCAGAUCGUCCGAGCAAUAUGCGGGCAAAAGACUGUCUCGGCAAAGGAACUGGCUGCCUUUCGGGAGAUUUGGAGUAAAACCUCCCACGAAGAGCUCGGAAAGCUGCUUUCUGGCGAUACUCGAAUGCACCGACGAUUGGGCUUCAACUUCAGCGCUUUUGGCCUUGAGGACGAACGGGCAAGAACCAAUCCGAGAACAAUAGAAUUUCGUUUCAUGGAAGGAUCCACCAGCAUCGAUAUGGUGUUGGGGUGGCUCACGAUUGGCGCUACCAUUGUCGAGGUUUCGGCGUGCAAGUCGGAUGGUCGCUUCGAGGUCACGCUGGGUCGAUUGCUGCAGAAGUCACGAGAGAGCCAGCGGGUGACGGUGGUUGGGCAGGAGACGCGGGGAGAGCGCUUGGGGCGGGAUUUCGCUCAGUUGAUGGAAGACUUGGGCGUGUCGCACGACCUCUCCCGUAGCUUUGUAGAGAAGAUCACCCGGGAGAAUUAG